UUGAAUUUUUGAAUAGAACUUAAUAAUCAUUCUAGGUUUCUUACAUUUAUAUUUCUAAGCCUUAAAUUUUAACAGUUAAAAGUUCAGAUUCUCAUUUUAAUUCUAAUAAAAAUAGAAGAUUUUUUUCUUUGUAAUCAGGCAAAAUUUGAGGGGAAAAGAAAAUCUAGCGGUGUCUAUUCUUUUUAAUUUUCGCGCCAAACAAACCUGAUCAUUCUUUUUCUUAUCCAAACAUGGUCGAUCCAAUCUGGAUCACCCGUGGCCGUGUUUGGCCCGAAUUUUGUGGGUUCAAGACUGGUGAGAGAGAGAGAGAGAGAGAGAGAGAGAGAGAGGAGAGGAGAGAGAGAGAGAGAUGGGGAUGAAUAGCCUGUUCCAGGUGACGACGCCAUGGUCGACGACCUCUUGGAUGUCUUCUUCAUGCAUGUAUAAUUAUAAAUUCAGCGCGACCCUUCAAAUGCAUCACCUAUCUCUCCUCUCUUCUCUCUCUUCAUCCCUGCCCACUGCCGAAUCGGCCUUCUCUUCUAAGCCUUCUGUGAUGAUUCCCCAAUCCUCGAUUUCAGGAACCCUUCCUGCAGGCUGUGGAUGUUCAUGGGUGCAAGACAACUCCAUGUCGCAUAACAGUGUCGCCAUCAAUGCAAGGAAGCAAUGCCCAUUACAUUCAGUGUUUCCUACAACAUCUGCAGAAGUUUCUUCUGUGCAGGAUCUUUUUGAAUUUAUAUGCUCAGGUCCUCUUGUAAAUAAACUGGGUUUGACCAGGGAAAUGAUGGCUGAUUCCAUUGACAAGUGGUUGGAGUAUGGGCUGCACCUGUGUAGAUUUUUUCAGCUUAAUGAAUUGACCCUAACAGUUCCUCAGAAAGCUAGGUUUUAUCACUACUACAUACCAGUCUUCUUGUGGUGUGAAGAUCAGAUUUCUCAACACAGGUCCAUGUUCAAAGAUGAAGAAGAUAUACCUCCUUUGGUGAUUGGUUUCAGUGCGCCACAAGGUUGUGGAAAGACCACUCUUGUCGUUGCUCUUGAUUAUCUUUUCCGAGUCACUGGCAGGAAGUCUGCAGCAAUUUCCAUAGAUGAUUUCUAUUUGACAGCAGAAGGUCAGGCUAAAUUAAGAGAAGACUAUCCUGGAAAUGCACUUUUAGAGUUACGUGGAAAUGCUGGGAGCCAUGAUAUUUCAUUAUCUGCUGAAACUUUGACGGCUCUAACUAAAUUGACCAAAGAAGGUAUGAAGAUGAAGCUGCCUCGAUAUGAUAAAUCUGCAUUUAAUGGGAGAGGUGACAGGGCUGAUGCUUCAACUUGGCCGGUGGUUGAAGGGCCUCUAAUGGCUAUUCUCUUUGAAGGUUGGAUGCUUGGUUUCAAACCUCUCCCAGUGGACAUUGUCAAAGCUGUUGAUCCACAGCUGGAGAUUGUAAACAAAAAUCUUGAAGGCUAUUAUGAUGCAUGGGACAAGUUUAUCAAGGCAUGGAUUGUUAUCAAGAUUAAGGACCCAAGUUGUGUGUACCAGUGGCGAUUACAGGCAGAGAUUGCCAUGAGGGCUGAUGGCAAACCAGGGAUGUCUGACGAGGAGGUAAAAGACUUUGUUUCACGUUAUCUGCCAGCAUACAAGGCCUAUCUUCCCACUCUCUACUCUGAAGGACCAAAUGGGUCAAAGCCGGAGCAUCUCCUUGUGAUUGAAAUUGAUGAAGAGAGAAACCCCAUCCUAGGGAACUAGUAGGGGGAUUGGUAUAAUGCUGUGAAGGACGACAGAAAAAUUGAUCUGGUCAUCUUAAGAUGUUGAGGGUAGUGUAAGGUUCAAGCGCCGAGUAGAAAUAGCAUUCUGGUGCAAAGUGAAACUAAUCUGAAGUAGUUGAUUUUUGCACUGUUGAUGUGCCAGAUAGAAGCUUCAACCCGUGUAAAUCCGCUCUCCUUCUGGGAUUUGGUACGGGAGGCCGCUGAAAGCAUUUAUUCUAUAUUCAAUACCUGUAUCUUGUGCCUUUUCCCCUAGAGAUCUCCAUAGGUCCCUUCCUACUUUCACCCAGAGGCCAUGGUUGCUCCCUGAUUUUCUCCCUAGUGACCCCUUUUUAAUGUGUGUAUGUGCCAUGACUUCUGUUUUGCUUAUGUAGCUAUAUCUCUUGUUUAUUGUGUUGUCUGUUAUUACUUGGCAUUAUGGGCUCAUGAAUUAUAAAUUGUAAGGAUCUGUCGAUGCCAUUUUAAAAA